AUGUUUCUUCUAGAGAACAACACCAUAGACACAGGAGAGGUGGACGUGGGGAGACGAGCUGUACAAGAUGUUCCACCAGGUGUGUUCUGGAGAUCCCAACUAUAUAUUGACCAACCGCAGUUCUUGAAAUUCAACAUUUCCGUCCAGAAAGAUGCUCUUGUUGGGGUGUAUGGACGCAAAGGCCUACCGCCCUCCCACACACAGUACGACUUUGUGGAGCUGCUGGAUGGCAGUCGCCUCAUUUCCAAAGACAAACGAGCGCUCAGUGACACGGACGCAGGACACACACACCCAGCUGGUGCACACAAGGAGGAGUCCGGGGGAGGAGCCCGACAUAAGCGCUCGGUGAACGUCCAUGACGCAGGCUUCAUCCAGUACCUGGACACAGGAAUCUGGCAUCUGGCAUUCUACAAUGACGGACGCAACACGGAACAAGUGUCUUACAAUACCAUCAUCAUAGAGUCUAUUAUGGAGUGUCCUCAGAAUUGUCAUGGAAACGGAGAUUGUCUCUCAGGAAUAUGCCACUGUUUCCCUGGAUUUCUGGGGCCUGACUGCUCUCGAGCUGCUGUCAGUGCUGUGGCAGGGAAUGGCCAGUACCGGUGGCGCUGCCAGUGCUACAGUGGGUGGAAGGGCACUGAGUGUGACUUGUCCAGACUGAUGUAUGCCUUCCACUGUCAAAACACCUCUCCGCUCAGCAAACCACAGCUGCAGGGUGUCUAA